AUGUCGCGCUCGACCACGACCAGCCGUGCUGCGUUCACGGGAGCGUGGGUUGCAGGCGCGCAGAUUGUCAUGAACACUAAGACCGCGCUCGAGCUCGGCCGUCCUAUCCGCGGAAAUCUGGCAUUCACGUCGACAUCUUCGCUAGCCGUUCCAUCACCGCACCCGAAUCCGGUCCUCUCAUUGUUGCCGGCACCGUCUCAACUCAGAGCCCGUCUCGAUCUCAUGUAUUGUUCAGCUCAAGGAGGAUAUGGAGUUCUCCAAGAGCCAGGGCGACGCCCCGGUGAGGAGUAUUUCGCGUCGCGCGUCGCGGACAUGGAGCUCGAGGCCGGUCAGCAGGAGAAGGACGCACUCGCUACGUACGGCAUGCUGGAGGGUAUUGGCCAGACGCGCGUCGUCCUUGGGCGUUUCUGUACGCUGCAGUGA